CCGCCAUUUCAGUCCCGGAGUUUCUUGUUGCACAUUACUUUUUGAAAUUUUCUUUUAUUUUGUUAUUGUAACUUAUACACAGUUAAGUGUUAGAUUUAUUUAGUGAAACAAGAGUUUUGUCGACUUAAAGGCGUUGCCAGUAACUUGCAUAAGUCGCUGAAAUUGAAGAAAUACACAGUUUCUUCGGGGGUAACGUUAGUCAACCAAAGUUUUUGUAUGAGUUGCGGAUAGGGAGAGGCGAAGGGGAAAGGCCUCAAGCCUCGGACGGGAUUUCGCAGCCAUGGCCGGUAAUUUUGAUGCCGAAGACCGUGGGAGCUGGUACUGGAGGAAGCUAAGUCGCCAAGAGGCUGUGAAUCUUUUACAGGGACAAAGGCAUGGCGUUUUUCUGGUGAGAGACUCAAUCACCAGCCCUGGAGACUACGUGCUGUCCGUCUCCGAGAACUCCAAAGUGUCCCAUUAUAUAAUCAACAGCAUCAGCAACAACCGGCAAUCAGGUUCAGGUUUGGCUCCUCCUAGAUUUCGGAUCGGGGAUCAGGAGUUUGAUGCACUGCCUGCUCUGCUAGAGUUUUAUAAGAUCCACUACCUGGACACCACCACCCUAAUAGAGCCCAUAAACAAGGCCAGGCAUGCAGGGUUCAUUAGCUCCACUGCUGGCAUCCCACAGCAGCCCGAGGAGGCUGAGUAUGUACGGGCGCUGUUUGACUUCCCUGGUAAUGAUGAGGAGGACCUCCCUUUCCGCAGAGGAGACAUCCUGCGUGUCCUGGAGAAGCCCGAGGAGCAAUGGUGGAAUGCUGCGAACCAGGAGGGCCGAGCAGGGAUGAUCCCUGUGCCCUACGUGGAGAAGUAUCGGCCUGCCUCGCCCACUGCUGCUGGCGUUGGCCCCCCUGUUGCGGGGACUGGACAAGUGGGGCAUGUUGGAGGGGUAGCAGGCAGCACAGAUGGAACAGGGACCCCACAGGCAAACCCACUGGGGGACCCAGGCCAGUAUGCUCAGCCUGUAGUCAACGCUCAGCUCCCUAACCUACAGAACGGACCUGUCUACGCCCGAGCCAUUCAGAAGAGGGUGCCCAAUGCCUAUGAUAAGACGGCGCUCGCUCUGGAGGUUGGAGACAUGGUAAAAGUGACCAAGAUCAACGUGAACGGCCAGUGGGAGGGUGAGUGCAAGGGCAAAAGAGGCCACUUUCCCUUCACUCACGUCCGACUGCUGGAACAGCACCAUCCUGAAGAUGAGAGCUGAGAAACACACCUGACGUCGAGCAGAUCCCUUUCCUCUUGUGACCAUUUCAUCAUGCUCGGAAAGGAAAAAUUUUAAACAAGCACACAGUGUAUAUGGACCUAUGAAUCAGUCAGAAACUCCUGGCUCUGCUGAUGCAAAGACAUGUUGGAAGAUCUUUUUAUUUUAAAGAGUUUACACUAAGGUUACACUGAUAUCGGUUGACAUAUAUUGGCUGUCUUUUAAGACAGAAUCAGAUUUUAAACGAAAGGUUUUCUCCUUUAUGACAGACACCAAAAGUCCUAGAAGUCUGCAGUUAGUUAUGUUUUAGAUACCAGCGUUGACAGGUGUUAUAUAUAUAAAUGCUAAAUGCUAGUGCAUCUGUAGCAAAACUGUGCAGCAUAAUCAAUUGCAGAAAUCGGCUUGUAGAGUCUUAACCCGUCAGCUAUCAUGCAAGGCAAGGCAGGUGCAUCUUUUACAGCUCAUUUUAUACACUGAGGCAUCUCAAACUGCUUUGCAGAGUAGAACUACAAAAUACAAAACAGACAUACAAUUAAAGGAAGAAGAACAAUCAACUGGAGGUGACCAGUAAGUCAAGCAGAGUUAGAAAAAAACAUGCAGUUUUAAUUUCCUUGUAUUUCUUUAACGGACUCGUGUAUAAACAAGACUGUUUUAGGAUAUGAAAGAAUUAUCCUGCCUUAAUUCGAUGGCUAGUUUUGUUUUCUGGCUGGAUUGAAAGCUGUCAAUUUAUUCUUCCAAAAACUUUGCAUUAAAAGUUUGACUGCAUCUGCUUCCAGGUAAACAUGGCUGCUUUUGUGGUGUGAAACCAAAGCAGAUGGUAACUAAUGCUGUCAAAUACAUAUUAAUACAACCUUUUAGAACAAUAUAAAGUGUUAUUUUUAAUGAUCAAUGGCAUCAAAGACUACUGAGAUGUAAAAUAACGGGAAAAGCUCAGAUCUUCAGUCAUUUUCUAACUAAAAACUAAAUUAGCUUAGCGUAAGAGCUGCAGCACUCCAUCCAAACUCAAAUGGUAUUUAUUACGCCUGUUAAGAAGAGCUGGUGACUGCCAGUCUCUGUAAACACCGCAGGUGUAUUGUGUUUACUUUAGAGUGAGAUUAAUGGCUGCAGACCACAAUACUACUCAAAUCUACUAGACCUCUGAAUAUAUCAGACGUGCAUUUCCUCAUUCAAGUCCCUCACCGUGGUCGAACGAAUGCAACACAGUGCUACAUCCCUGCUCAGCUUCUUUGAAAGAACUGCAGUAUAAUCAACGGCUGCUCAAUAUUUAUUUACUUAUUUACAUAACAUGCUCAGUUUUCUUGCCACGGUUUCCUUGAAACAAUUAAGCAAGAAUUUUGCCGAAUUUUAGUCGAGUGGCACUUGGGUAGAUUGUUGCACAGCGAUAUCUCCACAGCACGUCUCACAUCUGUAUAGGCCACAACAGCUACGGCUUAGACUUGAUGCAGAAGUAUAGACCAGGCUUACGACUUCCACUGUGGUUGCUUAUAGUACUGAAAUUGGUGUCAAUGUUAUUGUAUUUUUUGUAGUAUCAUAUCCAAGUCUAGUGUGGUAUUGUGACAACCUUCGUCUGCAAGUAGGAUUUAAACAAGAUAUAAUUUCAUCAUGGAUUCAACUUACUAUUGGCAAAUUUAUCUGCUGACCAGGGGCUGUUAAGCUGAUCUUCUGAAUGAUCUUUAUAAUCAAUGAAUAUGUAAACACAAAGCAGUUCAACAGCUUAACAUAUUUAAACACUUGCAUGACAAGCACCAGCCAAUAAUAAGUCCAAGAGACAUUCUACAUGUUUAUUUAAAAGCCUCUGGUGAAAAUCUGAUAGGCAUCAUUUGAAUUAAACUGGUGUGGUUUGGUCUUGACUAAUAAUGCCUUUAACGUUUUAUUUCUUAAAACUCCUCCUUAGAGGUUUGACCAAGCUAUGAAAUAAACUAAAAUCAAUAUUGAUGCUUCUUAAUGAGGUGCAGAAACAAAUAAGACCUUCGGAAUAACCAUCCACUGUUACAAAAUGGUGCACUUUUUGCUGCAGUGCACGUCUCGGACAACGUGACAACAGCAUGCUGCAUAAAUAUGCUUUUGAUCUAUUUCGCAUGGUGAAAUUCUCAAUAAGUGAAAUAUUUUACUAUUAGAAUAACGCAGGGCUGGACUUUUGAGAUAAGCAGACCAAGCAAGAGUUUUUGUCUUUGUUUCACAUCCAGUGAACCAAACUCCUGGUGACAAAGUGUCCACGGGGACAGAAUCAGAAUCAGCUUUAUUGGCCAAGUAUGUGUGCACAUACAAGGAAUCUGACUCUGGUAAGUUUUGCUCUCUUGUACUAAAAAAAAUGUGAGGUUUUGAGGUUUUACUUAAACAGCUUUGGCUUCACACCGCAUUUCAUGAUGCCAUUAACUACUGUAAUGUAAUAAGAUUUUAAUAGACUAAAAAGCCGUGGGAGGCACAUUUUUCAAGCUACAAUAUUUGCUGAUUGUCAGCUUGAAUCCAAAAUGAGUUUUAUUUGGCUCCAGUAACCGAUAUCAGUCCAACCGUAGUUUACACGCCUCCAGCCCAAUAUUGAAGUCUACAUCACUCACACUCAUCAGUCGACUCUCCUCUUCCUGUGGUAUCUGUGUAUCACCACCCACUGCUUUCAUUCAUACACAGACGGGGGGAAAAAUCGAUAACAGACAGGAGACAAAACACUCGGCUUCUCUCCCAGAACCAUGACUCAGUGUGUUUUUGCAGAGCCAGACUGUGAACGAACGGCGGAGAGAAACAAGCAGAGAGCUGCUUUCCUGAAGACUCUGUUUUAAGAUAAAGAUGAGAUGACUUCACCGACUUUUGACAUCCCACACUACAAACCAAGUCCUCUUUUUUUUUUGUACUAAAAGUGGAAAAUAUUAUGAUAAAUGGACUAUAUAUACACACCUUACAUGCUAAAAACUUUAAACAUUAUUGUCCUUAUUUCUUUUCCUUCUUUUACCAGAGACUGUACACCAUUUAUUUUAUGUUCCUUUUUUUAAACACUAUUCAGCGCCAAAUUAGAAGACUUCUGAUGCAGCAGUUUGAAAGAACAAAAGAAGCAUCCUCACAAGGAGGAAGACAAAGAUCCCCUGAGGCUGUUUUUAGAAGAUAAGAGGAGAAAGGUUGAUGUUAUUUUUGGCUUCCAGUAGGUUAUUUAUGACUCUUUUAUCUGGAGAUGCUUUCAGGAUAAGAUCUUGCCUCAAACACUAGUGCUAUUUCUUUUCUCUGUUUAACAGGUAGAACCAAUGUUGUGUGAUUUCCAGUGCCAAAAAGAUGCCACGAUUUGCUGAAGGUGUAUUGUGUCUUAUCAGGUUUUAUCACAUAUUUGAAUACAGAUUUUGUUGAUACAACACAUAGAGCUUAUAUUAACACACAAAGACCCCACUGAGCUUUAGGAAUGGGCAUUAUUAUAACAAAAUAUUACAUCGGUUACCUUGACAUGACAACCCAUACCAAUAGUGGACAUGAUUUAAUUCAUUUAAGCUCCCUUCUUAAGAUGAUAUCUAGCAACUGGAGUAUAUUGCUGCCUAAAAUUCAACUCCGUCUCAACAACAUCCAAUUUUUGAUUUUAAAUGCAAAUUUUGUCAGAAAAAAUUCACUUGAUUGGCGGUAUGCAAAUGGUCUUCUUAUCAUAGACUGCAGUAAAUGAAAAGAUCAAACCCUGGUAGUGCAUGCAGGAGCUUGUCUACUUCUUUGAACCAGAUUAUGUCAGAUUAAAAAAAAUUAAAAAAAAUUCAGUUCAAGGUUUUUUUUAUACCCUCAAAGGUAAAUCUAUUGUACAGAUGGAACAUUUCAGCAGUCCAAAAUAAAAACACACAACAGCUAUAAAAAGUCAAUGCUCAAAUGAAGUCCGGACAAAUUAAGUUAAAAAGUUUAGUACAAAUAUCCUUGUAUCUUGUGCCAGCCGUGUUAAGUUGUCAUGUUUUUGUAGCUUGUUUUUGUCUCCUCUUACGCUGGCUGCACACUAGAUAAUUUUUUAAAUAUUACCUGACUUUAAAAACAAAGAAUCUCACAGAUAUGAGGACAGAUUUUUCAAUCAAUCCUUGUUUAUACAGCCCCAAUUCACAACUGAAGUUAUCUCAAGAUGCUUUUUUUUUUUUUUUUUUUUUUAAACAUUUGUGCAUCCCUAAUUAGUGGUAAUGAUUUCACAGUGGAGAUUCCACGCACAAAAACAAACAAACAAAUGAACUUGGAGGACAGUCGUCCACAGCUAGUGUUCUGGCGUGCAUUAUAAAUGCAGCGAAAAACAAAAUAUGAGGAAAAGAUUUACAGGUGAAAUCCUGGCUGAGAAGACUGUAUAGUAUUGUUUAUGUUUGCUGCCAUGUUUUUUUUAACUAAAGCAACAUCCUGUUGGUGAUAUUUCUCAAAUAUCAAACACAUUUGAUAUUUACAAUUCCAGAUCUGAAAAUCAAGCAGGAGCAUUAAAAUAAUUCCAUUGACACCAGACAAUUGAGGAUUAUUUAGGCAAGUAAUCAGUUGCGUCAAGCCGGAGGACAGAUCUGUUUAAGGCAGAAAAAUUGGCCCUGCAUUGGGCCUAAAAUCAUCUAGUGUGUACCAAGCCUUAAGAGCAACAAUAUGACAACCAGAAUGAAAAAGCUCACAAUUUAAGAGAUAGGAGCAGUCACAGAGAAAGAGUUUGCCUUAUGCUGUGGCUCCACAGAAUACAAACCUGUCAGCUUGUGUCAAGCAGAUUGAACCAGCUCUACCAAGUUCCUUGAUAAGAUGAAACCAUAAAAGUGUCCACUACUGAAAGAGUGUGUCUUUCUACAGCAUAGAAACACCUGUACAAAAAUGUUCCUAAAGCAGGUAGAGAAAUGUUGAGAUUUCCCUGCAUUUGGUGGACAAUGAGAUGGUUGUAAAAUAGUUGUAACAUCAAUGAGAUUGAUGUAACACUAUGUCAAGUUACAGUUACACUGUUUUAAAGAGAAUGGAGCAUACUGAGGUGGUAUUAUUCUAUAUUAAGCAAAUACAAGUAAGACUUUUUGGUAGAGCCCUUUCUGCCAACUUCUUCAUGAAACAUAAAUGCCAAAAAUCCUUGUCUCCACAUUAGGACCUUCUUUUUUGACAGACUCACACAGCACAUGUGAGUCUUUCCUAGUCACUUGGGAGGAUCUGCAUUGUUGCGCCCUCUCUACCUCAUGUCUGCUGUUGAAAAUGAUGAAGAGUUUUUAAUAGGAAUUUACAGGCCUGAAAUGUAAACCUUUAUAUUUCCGUCAGUAUUUUUUUUUAAUGCUAACACAAACAACACAGCAAAAUACUUUCUCACUUAAAAAUCACUUUUGUUUUUGGGUAAGGUGCAGAAACAAAUACCUAUGCAUAAAAAUAGUCAAGUUUUCACUUCCCACAUUACAGGUAUUAAUAUGUGUGAUAAAGAGAGUAUGCUGAGAAGAUGUGGGUGUAUAACAUGGGUUUGGUUGUCUUUAAGUGUAAAACAGUACAUCUGAGGCAAGCUCUAACAUGCAGCAUUCUCUGUGCUUAUUUGCCAGUUGCAUUGAGUGUGAAUGACUUGCUGACACCGACUGUAUCUAUAAAAUAGAUGCAAUCAAAACAACAUAUAAAUUCCUUGUGCUGUAUAUGUGCCAUAAGAUAUCCCAGUUGUACACUAUAGGAAAAAGUGCAAGAACUGUGCUCUUUGCUGUUUUUUAUGUCUCUAUACCACAUCUGAGGACAGGUUGGAAAAAAAAAUAUAACAAAUGUGUUGAUUUGUGGACAUUUAAGGGUGAGUCUGCAUCAGGUCUAUGGACCUGCAGAGUUUUUAAAAAAAGAGAUUUACCCAAGAACAGGAGUAAAGAAUAGUUUUUUGCAUUGGUAUGAAGACAAUGUUCAUUCAUUUGACGCAUGAUAUCCUGAAGUGUAAUCUGAGUUUACAUCAUGUUUAAAAUUGUGAAAUUGCCCAUCCAUUUCUUAUUAUUGGGACUCAAAUUUAAGGAAAUUAUUUUUUGUAUGCAACAUAAAUGCCAUAUUUUUUUUAUUUUUACAUGUUAAUGUAAAUUUGAUCCAUACCUGUAGGUAAUAUACAGCCCUGUGUAUAUUAAUAAACACAUGCAACCAUU